AUGCGUCCACCUCAGAAUUUUGGUCACAUUGUAAAAUUUAAAAAGGGCCUUUUUGGAUUGUUUGCAAGAGGGUGCUGGGAGAUUCCCGAAGUAAUGGGCGCUUCGUUUAUGGCCUUAAUUGGUAUUGGAUUUGCUACUGCUGGUUGUUAUAAUUACCUGCAAAUGGAUGGAGAUAAUAGAGAGUACAAGAGUACUUAUUACAUCGUACGAGCUGGUGAUCCAAGAGAGUGUAUACUGAAAAACCCCGUAUUUACAUCUUAUGGGAAGUAA